AUGACCACCCCCGACCUCGCGCUGCUGAGCCUGACCCUCUUCCACCAGCUGGUGGUGCUCUGCGCCGCUGUGCACCUGGUCUGGAAGAGGGACUGGCCUCCGUACGUUACCAAGAACGUCACCCUGGUUGCGGCUACGGGACUGGGGGGCUCCUUGCACGCCCUUGGUGCCCUUGUGGCGUACGGCGCUCUGGACAGAGAUAGCGGCGACUUUUUGGCGAGGUGCGGGGUGGAGGCGCUGCUGACGUCGCUCGGGAUGGCCCUGCUGUUUUUUCCGGCGUGCGUGCGGGUGUACCGGAACCACAAGGUUCUCGUUCGGCACUCGGCCUCCAUGUGGACGCCCAUGGCCCAGCUGCAGCUCGUCUCUCUGCCCUUCCUCGUGCCGGCGAUCACCUACACGUUGGAUCCGCCGCUGGCGGACUUCGAGGACUACCGGAACCGCUGCAUUGGCAACACCGGGAUAAACCUGGCGGUCUUUACUUUCAUGGCGGCGGCCGUCUCUGUGGGGACGGUGCUGGUUUCCCGGAUAAAAGCGAAGCGAGUGCGGAAGCAGCUGAACGACGACACGGUCAUGAUGACCUCCCUGGCGUUCUUGCUGGUUUGGGUGCUGUACCUCAUCCCGACGGGGCAUUGGUUCUGGGAUGACAGUCCGAGCGCGGCCCGCCGGCUAGCGAUGGUGGACAGUAUUGUGAGCACGGCGGUGCUCUUCUGGUACCCGGUAUUUGUGCCGCUUCUGAAGUACCUUCAGCAGGACUACGCCUACAUCUCGCAGUUUACUUUCGGCUUCUCGAAGCUACCCACGCCGGCGCAGAUACGGGCCUCCCUCGCCGCCGACGAUCAGUUGGGUGCGGGCGAUCUACGGAGAAAGAUCCGGAAUUAUUCUCUCUCGAGAGCUGCACCGGAGGUGUCGGACUUUCUCAAGGCGUGUAUAGGUCGGGAGAAGGUCGAGGAGUACUUGGAGCUUCAGGCGGUGACGGCUGCGAUAGUGGACCGCUUCUUGGUCGAGGGGGGUGAGCAAGAAAUGGACAUCUCGCAGGGCUGCCGGAAGCGGGUGCUGGAGUCUGAGCUUGCUAGGUACAACAUUUUUGACGAGGCGAUCGCGGAGGUUCUCAGCGUCAUGGAGGUCAACUUCAAGGCAGAUGUCCACUGGUGCACCUCGUGCCAGGGUCUCAACCAGGACGGGCAGCAGCCUCCUGCCUUGAGCAAGUCGCAGCCUGACUCCGGCGAGAGACCCGUCUCCGGUGGAAAGGCGGUGGGAACCUGGUGGCCACAACCCCCCGGCUUCGGUAACUUCACCGGCCGGCAGCACGCGGAGAGGCGGAAGGAGGAGGUGGUAUCCUCCUCACCCGGCACCGGGAGGCGGGUUGUUGGUGGCCUUGCGGGUGUCGGAGGGGGGGGGGGGUCUGGUUCGCGGUUGGAAGGUCGCGCUUCGCUCGGGGGCGACGCAGAUUGCGACGACGACGACGACGACGACGGCGGCGGCGAAGCGGGGGUGCGACUCGAAAGGCACCGCGACUCGGAAGACGUGGGGGGGGCUGGCAGGCCAACAUCCCCGGUCCGACGAGAAAAGCGGGGGGCCCGACCAAGGCCGAGCACAGACGACGCGGCUCCAGGGAUGGCACCAGCCGCGGCGGCGGGGGGGGGUGCGCCUCGUCGGGAGGGAAACCGGGGCGGGGUGGAUGGUAGGUCGAUCGUCCUAACGUCCCACCUGCGAGAGUUGGCCACUGAGAUCGGCUCCCCCUCUGCCACGACGCCGACCGGUUGUGUCUUGUCGCCACGCGUGUCCUGCGCGGCGGAUGUUUCUGCCGGGGACGGGGCGAAGGCGUCCCCUCGCUCCACGGCGGCGGCGGCGGCGGCGGCGCCACCACCGCCCUCGUGGAGUCGUCGUGACUCGGAGACGGGAGGGGGGGCGGACAGGAGAUACGAAACCCCCCCGCGGCGGCCGCACAGGCAAGGUCAAGGCCGAGGUCGUCGCAGUCGAGCGAUGCCCCGGGAGGCGAGACCGGGCGGGCGGAGGGUCGCCGCCGGCAUAUUGAAAGAUCGGGAGGGAGGAGGGGGAGGAGGGGGGGGGUCCGCCGCGGGGGAAGAAGGGAGAAACCGGGGGACCGGGGCGAAGGCACUGGCGGAAGACGACGGGGACGAGAAUGGCGACAGGAGCACGCGCACGACGACGGCGGACACGGCGGUGUCUUCUGACGCCGAGAGAGGCGGCGGGCGGGACCCCCUCUUGCUGCCGCGGCAGGCCGCCGGAGGAGGAGGAGAAGGCGUCGCCGCGGAGCCUGGCCGGGGUGGGAUCGAGUUCCUCGUGGCCUCGAGCUCUGCGACGACGGAACCCGGAGCUCCGGCGGUGGCUUCAACCCCGAUGGCGCCUACGGCCGUGUGCGACCGUUCCGCCUUCACCCCGGCGACGACGGCGGCUAGGCCCAAGUCUUCGAAGCCUUCCUCGCGGUUCGUGUCGCCGUCCCGGAUAGCCAGGUUCUUCGGCGGGCGCGAGCUCUGGCGGUGGUCGAGGGGGGGCUCCGUCGCGGGGGUUGAGAGCUUCUCCGACGGCGCCGGCGAUCCCGAUGCCGACGCCGCAGCAACCAAAGGCGAUGCUGGCAUCAGUGCUCCGUGCGCCGAGGGCCUCGGUGUAGCUUCUUUGAUUGCCAGGGGCGAUGAUUCUUCCUGGUCUCCAGCUAGGUGGUACACCCCGUCCUCCUCCGCCGCCUCCUCCUCCUCCGCCGCCCUCGGGCGUUCUCCCGCUGCCGCGUUUUCUCCUGCCACCGCUGCCGCCGCUGCUGCGAGGGGCGGCGGCGCUAUGCGGCACCAUCACUUGCCGCGACCGCUGUCGAAGAAAGACCCAGAGUCCACGCCGCCCUCCUCUCGAGCAGCAGAUAUCGCGCAGACGCCUCCGAUGCCCCCGCUACCGCGGCGACCGGUACCACGGCAAUGGGCCAACUCGCAUAUCCCUCUCGAGAAGCCGGUCGGCGGAGGAACCGAAGAGUCUCCGGCCGCAAAGGUGGCCGCCGCCGACGGCGACGACAAAGACGGGGGCGCAGCAACACCGGUGCCCCCCGCUACCCAGGCCGGUGCAGCAGAAGCGGCGGCGGCGACGGACGCGGUGGGUGCGCGUCACGACGCGGAGCGCGAUCGCCGGGCGGCUUCUUCUCCCCCCGAAGACCGAUCUGCCGCGCGGGAGGAGGAGGGGACCGGGGGUGGGGAAAGGGUGACCCCUCCUUCCUCCCCUCGUCCCCUGCAAGAGGUCGUGAAAUCGCGGCUGAACUCGUCGUUCGACACGACUGCGUCGUCUCUCGGAUCGGAGUCCUCAGACUACUACAUGCGGCUCCGUUCGUUCGCGACCCUCCUGGUCGGUUGCGGCGGUGGCUCGGACAAGAGCGUGAGCGGGUCCCCGUCGCUGUCGUCUAUCCCUUUGCCGGUUCCGGUGUCGGCGGGGGGAGAGUGCCCCAGCGGGCCUCCGCCUCAAGACAAGCCCAAGCCAUUCUCGGUCGAUGUCCCAUUGCCCGUCGAUAACGCAUCGCCGUCAGAUGCGAGAAAGGAGGAGGAAGCCGGGGAACAGGCCGCUCAGGCCCGAUCGCCAUCUCGUGGAAGCGCCCGAGAGGGCGGGCGAACGAACACAACUGGCCACGGCCACAGCAAGACCUGCGGCGGCGGCGGUGGCGGCGGAGGAGAACAGGAGAGCAGCCGAGCACUCGCGACUGCACCCAGCGACCGGGCGACCUCCUCGACGCAGGUGUCAUCGUUGCGGGGCACCACCCCGCUAACGAGCCCAGUAAGGGUGCCGCCAACGCUGUGGUCGUCUCCCGCGGCGUCUCCGAGGAGGGAGGAAAAAGCAGUAGCCACCGCCACCACCGCUGCCGCCACCGGUGGUGGUGGUGGAGUCGGCGUGGCGGGGGUGCGGGCGCCGAGCGAAGCGUUCGGUGACCGUGGUCGCGAUGAUGUUCCCGGUGCUGAUGGCGACGUGUGGGGUGGUGGCGGAGUCUCUGAUGACACGGUGGAGUCACGCCUGCAGGGGCCGCAGGGGCAGGAGGAGCCGAGGUCUGCCGAUGUCGCCGCCGCCGUCGGUGCGUCGCUGGCGGUCGAUCCCGUGUUGUCGCCGGCGGCGCUUGCCGGCGACGCUCAUGCCCCCGCGCCAGAAGUUGUCAUGUCCAGCAGGAAGCGCGCGGUCGGGAGCGUGGUAAAAGCGGCGCGGGAAUCGCUCGGCUGGUCGGAGUUCUUGGCCUCGUCGUCUGCUCGUUCGAGUUCGACGGCCCCAGCAACAAGCCAAGGGCAAGGUGCGGCUAUGGCGACGCCGUCGGCGACGAUACCGGAUGCUGCGGCACCGAUGUCAACGGUUGCUGGGGCGAACGGAUCUGGCAGGAGCAGCAGCGCAAAGGCGACAAGGGGUGGAAAUUUCGUCGCGGGAGCCGGGCCGGGACUCAGAGCGAUGGGUGGCCGCGCGUUGCGGGGAGCGACAGCGGCAGCCACGCGCUCCUUUUCGCCGUCCUCUCACUCCCGGCAGGACGAAUGGCACGAGAGGGGUUGCAGCAGCGCUUUGAGGAGAAGGAAAGCCGGCCGUUUUUUCGGGCCCGAGUUGGCGCAGGCGUUCUCCGAGGGAGACGUGCCGCAACGGUGGUCCCCCUGUCUUCGCGGUACCACAGGAGAAGAAGCCCAAGAGGACUCCGCGGGGGGCACCGUGGUGGCGAAGAAGCCGAGGGGUGGGGGUGGGUCUCCUUUUGUCGUGUGCGAGAGAGGUCGCCUCGAUGUUGGCUUCGACGGCGGCGGCGGCGGCGGCGGCGGCGGCAAGAAUUGCCACGGCACGAGCCCGGGUCCAGAGAGCCAACGCGCUAGUUCUGUCGCCGUUCCUCCUCUUCCCUCGCCCACGGCGGGGGCGGCGGCGGGAUCGUAUCCAUCCCCUUUCGAGAACGCCGGGUGGAGUUCCGGGAGAAGACGGGGCGAGGAGGCGGCUCAAGAGGGGGCGAGCGUGGGCGAAGAGAGGGCGGCGCUGAUGACCGCGCCGUCGUUCUCGUCGGCGGCCUCCGAGGAAUCACGGCUUAGCUCGCAGCCACCGGAAGCAAGCGGCGAGCGGUGUCCGGCGGCGGCGUUGUGGCCUUCGGGUUCGUCGUCAUCGGCGUCUGGGACGUCCCGGCAGCUACUCGCCGGUACCACGGUGGGGGAUUCCGGUCUUGUCGUCGUCGGGGAGACAGUUGCGUCGUCUUCUCCGGCGGUGGCCAUGGCGAUGGUCGCCGUGGAGGGUUCCCCCUUGAUGCGGGAGGAGCAGCAAUGGCAACGGCAGCCGGGGCCCUUGUCCCCCCGCCUACUGGGCGGGCAGCGAGACCGGGUCGUCGUCGUUGUCGCAGGCGGCGGCGCCUAA